CUUGUUCGAAUACUCCAACGAGAGAACCAACGUCACCGAGAGCUCUCGUUGCUUUGCUUCUCCUCCAAGGAUUUUGCAGGAUUUUUGUGCUUUUUUUUGUUUGGGUGAACUUUUGAGUAGAAGUUUAUAGGAACUAGGAAGAGAGAAGAUGAGUGUAGUUGGAUUUGAUGUUGGGGAUGAGAAUUGCGUUGUGGGAGUGGCGCGGCAACGGGGCAUCGACAUCGUCCUCAAUGACGAAUCGAAGCGUGAGACCCCGGCCGUGGUGUCGUUCGGUGAGAAGCAGCGUUUUAUCAGCACGGCGGGAGCCGCAUCGUUGAUGAGGAACCCUAAGAAUUCAGUGUCUCAGAUCAAGCGGCUCAUUGGGCGGAAGUUCUCCGAUCCUGAUCUUCAGCGCGACCUGCAGUCAAUGCCUUUUACUGUCACUGAAGGGCCUGAUGGCUUCCCGUUGAUACACGUGAGGUAUCUUGGUGAGCAGAGCACCUUCAAGCCCACUCAAGUGCUCGCAAUGGUACUUUCGAAUCUCAAAAGCAUAGCUGAGAAGAAUCUCAAUACAGCGGUAGUGGAUUGCUGCAUUGGGAUUCCAGUGUACUUCACUGAUCUUCAGAGACGCGCCGUUAUGGAUGCUGCUGCGAUUGCUGGGUUGCGUCCACUUCAGUUGUUCCAUGAGACAACAGCGACCGCGCUGGCUUAUGGAAUCUAUAAGACGGAUUUGCCUGAGAAUGACCAGCGCAAUGUUGCAUUCGUUGAUAUUGGUCAUGCAAGCAUGCAGGUCUGCAUUGCUGGUUUCAAGAAGGGGCAGCUGAAGAUUUUGUCUCAUGGGUUUGAUCCCUCACUUGGUGGGAGGGACUUUGAUGAGGUCCUUUUCAAGCAUUUUGCUGCAGAAUUCAAGGUUCGGUAUGGGAUUGAUGUGUACCAGAAUGCCCGAGCUUGUCUCCGGCUUCGCACUGCAUGUGAGAAGCUGAAAAAGGUGUUGAGUGCAAACCCUGAGGCACAUUUGAGCAUUGAGUGCUUGAUGGAUGAGAAGGAUGUGAAGGGUUUCAUCAAGAGGGAGGAGUUUGAAAGAAUUAGCACCCCAAUUUUGGACCGUGUUAAAGCUCCCCUUGAGAAGGCACUUGCUGAAGCUGGCUUGACUCUGGAGAAGAUUCACUCUGUGGAGGUUGUCGGCUCAGGGUCUCGUGUGCCAGCAAUUUUGAGAAUAUUGACGGAGUUCUUUAAGAAGGAACCUAGACGGACUAUGAAUGCCAGCGAGUGUGUGGCACGUGGUUGUGCUCUUCAGUGUGCCAUUCUCAGUCCCACCUUCAAAGUGCGGGAGUUUCAGGUUCAUGAUGGCUUUCCCUAUUCAAUUGCUUUGUCUUGGAAAGGAUUUGCUCCUGAUUCAGAGAAUGUAGUUACAGAUAACCGACAAACUACUAUCGUGUUUCCCAAGGGAAACCCAAUUCCAAGUGUCAGAGUUCUGACCUUUUAUAGAUCGAGUACAUUUACUGUCGAUGCAAUGUAUACUAAUUUGGAAGAUUCGCAAGUCCCGGCAAAUAUCAGCACAUACACUUUUGGUCCUUUCCAAUCCACAAAGGGUGAGCGAGCUAAAAUUAAAAUGAAGGUCCGAUUGAAUAUCCAUGGGAUCUUUUCUGUUGAGUCAGCUACUAUGUUGGAGGUAGAAGAUGUUGAAAUUCCAGCACCAAGCAUAAAAGAAUCACAUAAAGAAAGUAUAAAGAUGGAUACAGAUGCAACAAACAAGAACACCUCUGUAGCUGAAAGUGAUAUAGACAUGCAGGAUGCUAAAACUGACUUUGCUGAUUUGGAUGUUGAAACAGAAAGUGGAGCACCAGGUCCUGAGGACAAACCUGUGCAGAUGGAUGCAGAUGGAAAGGUUUACAAGAAGAAGUUUAAAAGAACUAUGGUUCCAGUUGCGGAAUUUGUUUAUGGAGGAAUGUCAGCAGCAGACCUGCAGGAGGCUGUGGAAAAAGAGUUUGAAAUGGCUUUGCAAGAUAGAAUAAUGGAAGAAACGAAAGACAAGAAGAAUGCUGUGGAGGCUUAUGUUUAUGAGAUGAGAAACAAGCUCCAUGAUAAGUAUCAGGAGUUUGUAACAAGACCUGAGAAGGAAGCGUUGGCUGCUAAGCUACAAGAGGUUGAGGAUUGGCUGUAUGAUGAUGGUGAGGAUGAAACAAAGGGUGUUUACAUUGCUAAGCUGGAAGAACUGAAAAAGCACGGUGAAUUCAUCGAAGAGCGCUAUAAGGAGAAUACAGAGAGAGGCCCUGCUGUUGAUCAACUUGUACGUUGCAUCAAUAGUUACAGAGAUGCCUUAUGUAAAGAUCCAAAAUUUGAUUGUAUAGAUGUUGCUGAGAAGAAAAAGGUCAUUAAUGAGUGUGCUGCAGCUGAAGCAUGGUUAAGAGAGAAAAAACAACAGCAAGAUGCGUUGCCUAAUUAUGCCGAGCCUGUUCUUCAUUCUGCCGAUUUGAGAAGAAAGGCAGAAGCCCUGGACAGGUUUUGCACGGCAAUCGUGACGAAACCAAAGCCGGCUUCGACCAAGAACUCGCCAUCAAGGGAAACACCAGCAUCACAACCACAGCAGAACAAGGAGCCACAACCUAGAGAUGAUGCAGAGGUGACUGACCAUGCUACUGAUGCGCAUGGCCAGACCGCAACUGCAGCUCCAUCAGAGCAAAUGGACACAAAUAAAUCAGAUCCUCCAAACCCCAUGGCACAAAACAAAUAAGGUUUUUUUUUAUUAUUUAAAAUAAAUAAAUAAACAAAUAAAUAAAUAAGGUUAGUGUGCAUUAGUACCCAAGGUUGUAUCUUUUAUCCAGCCCAGGUACUUAGGCAUUGUCUAUCCAUGACCUUCAAGAACCUGGUUUUUUUAAAUUUCAUAGAUAAGUCAACCCAAAUUUUUGUUUUAUUUUUCUUGUAUUCCCUUUUCAUUUUCAUGUUGUCAAACGAUGUUGUUGUAGUUAAGUAUCUUCUUCCAUACAUUUCCCUGAAAUUUCACCAUGUUCAUUCUUAAGGUUUUCUAAUAUGGAAUGUUGGA